AUGUGGCUCAAGCAUCGUACCCUGUUCCUUCAGGAGAUGUUACGACUCGAAGGACGAGGUGACCUUAGUGCAGAGCCCUGUUCCGGUUGUGGUAAUCCACAUCCAGAAUAUCGAUGUGAAGAUUGUUUCGGGACUGAACUCCGUUGUUCCUCUUGCACGGUGAUGGUGCACAAGGAUCACCCAUUACACCGGUUGCAGAAAUGGAACGGUGAAUAUUUCGAAUUUGCAAGCCUGAAGAGCCUUGGUCUCCGGAUUCAGCUCGGUCACGCACUAGGCCAUACCUGUCCCAAACCGCGUCGCGCGUUCGAUGAUGACUUCGUCAUUAUAGAUUCUCAUGGCGUGCACGAAGUAUUGUUAGAUUUUUGUGACUGCGCUCUGGCAACAACCCACGUACAACAACUGCUGCGCAUGUCACUGUUCCCUGCAACUACUGCAGACCCCAAAACGGCUGCUACGUUUCGUCUGUUAGAAGAAUUUCACCUCUUGUCUUUGGAAUCAAAAGUGUCGGGCUAUGAGUUUUAUUACGCCCUAAUGCGGAGGUCUGAUAACACAGGGAUCAAUCCUAUUAAAGAUCGAUAUGACUCAUUCUUGAGAAUGGUACGCGAAUGGCGUCACCUCAAAAUGCUCAAGCGAUCUGGGAGAGCGCACGAUCCCAACGGCAUUAAUGCGACGGCGGAGGGUGCAUGCGCUGUUAUAUGUCCAGCCUGCCCACAUCCUGAGAAGAACCUACCGUCCAACUGGAGAGAGGCCCCUCCUGACAAAAGCUGGUUGUAUGGCCUAUUUGUGGCCAUCGACGCGAACUUCCGGCUGAAACGGAGAGUCGUGUCGAAAGAUAGCGUGGACCCUAGCCUUAGUAAUGGCUGGGGGUACUUUGUCGAGGAAAGUGCGUACAAGGCCUUCCUGAACGAUAAAUCCGAUGUUAGCCAAGAGAAGUCCACCUGCUCGAGCCAUAACGCUGUAAAUAUGGCGGAUACUAAAUCAAAUCGUGGCCUGGCAGCUACAGGGCUCGGAACCAUUGAUUGCGCCCGCCACAACAUGAAGUUACCGACGGCAGUUGGGGACCUCCAAAAAGGAGAAAAGUACAUAAAUAUGGAUUAUUUGUUUUUCUCGGCCCUUCGCCAUACAACUGUCGAUAUUCUCAACAUCUCGUACGACAUUGCUUGCCAGUGGAAUAAGAAUCUAUGGCACCGCAUGACGUCGUUUCCCCCUUCCAUGCAGCUGAACCACAACAACAAGAAAAUCACAUUCUUUGUCCCCAAAUUCCAUCUGCCGGCUCAUAUUCAACAGUGUCAAACGACGUUUUCAUUCAAUUUUACGCCCGGUGUUGGACGGACGGACGGAGAAGCCCCUGAGCGGGGGUGGGCUAAUAUCAACCCCGUAGCGUCGAGCACCAAAGAGAUGGGCCCAGGCGCGAGACGGGACACGCUGGAUGAUUUCUUUGGGGAUUGGAAUUGGAGGAAGAUUACUAAUCUACGUCACACGAUGUUGCGCAAGAUGAAAGAUGCCUUGCCCGAAUUAUCGGAACAUGAAGCGGCUCUGGACGACCUCGAAGAAGGGCUGAAAGAAGAAUACUCGGAAGCGUUGAGCAGGUGGAAAGAGGAGAUCGAGGCAUGGGAGCAGGAUCCCUCCCAGCCGAACCCAUACGAACGAAGCGUGGAACGUAUCACCCUUGCCUCCGUGCGUCUCGAACUCGCAAAAGAGGAGGCAUCGGAAAUAGAAACUGAUGGCUCCCGUGCGCUGCAUGAAGAUUGCUCACCUAGUACGCUGAUUAGCAGUGGACUCGAACUCGAAGAACAACAACGGCGUCUUGCUGCUGACAAGGCAGGUCUGGGCAUUCAUGCCACAGAUACCCAAGUAGGAAGGCUUCUUCAACGCAGCAACAGUCUUCAGCGCCGGAUCGAGUCUUGGGUCAAAGUUCAAGAAUUGUACAUCCCAAUGGUCGCCGCCCUACGACGAGACAAGUCCAACGAUGUCAUCACACCCGAAUCUUUCCAGCUUUUGCUUCCUUCUCAUGUCGGCGGAACCGCCACUUAUGACCUCAAAUUCCAGACCAUUGAGUGGAAACUUCGAUAUGGAGAAGCCCACGAUACCCUCCGCUCCCUACGCUCUAAUCUCCGUGCGCAAACUGCUGUCCUAAAGUACAAGGACCGGAACCUCCGUGGUCAAGGUGCUAACACCAGAGCACGUAACACACUCAAAGGGAUCGAUGGAAGGAUCGAGGCAGCAUCAAGCCGAUAUCAGGAUGCACGCAAGGCGCUGGUAGUUCUCGCUCCCCUCGUCAAGGAGACAGGCUGGCAGUCCUCUCUGCGCCCGCUCAAUCGUGAAGAUAUCCGGGGAAUGUCAGAUCUUCUGUGGGGCCAGACUGAGGGAAGGCGUAAGUUGUCUUGGAUUUGGAAUAUGCGGGGCGCACAUGGAGAUGAGUUGGGCAACGACGGAUCUAUGGAAGACAUGAAAAUCGAGUGGUGCAAAGCCAGGGCGCGUGCAAUGCGGUGGAAGGAGGAGGUUGAGUUGUUACGGGAGGAGAUGCGGAGGAUCUUACAAUUCUUCGACUGGCAAGCCACGUCUUGGGACGAGCGCGCGAAUCAGAGCUGGUCCGAGGGUCCUGCAGAAAGAGAAGGCAAGAUCGCAUAUGCUCAGCGCCAAGCAGCUUUGCGUCGUGCACUAUCAGUCGCAUGUCGUUCCAGUUGGGAAGACACAUGCGCAUUCAUAGACCACUCCACGCUGAUCUGA